CCCACUACUCUAGCCCCGCCACCUUCCGGACCAGACACCUCCCCGCUGCUGGCUCCAGCCCUUCCCCGCGUGGCCCCGCCCCCGCCCUCGCCCCCUGCCCAGGCCCGGCCCCUGCGGAGCCCAGAGACGCGGGGACACAGGUGAGGCGCGCGGGGUCCGGGCUGCGGCUUCCCGGUGCGGCCGCAGUGGGCAGGCUCGAGGCGUCUGCCGCACCUCAGCCCACGACCUGCCCCGCUGGGAGGUGCGGGCCGCUGGCCAGGCCCUGACCGCAACCUGGCCCAGAGGCCCCAGCCCUCAGGCAAGGUUCUCCGGUGAAGUCACAGCCUGGCCACCUGUCUUGAGCUCCCCACUUGAGAAGGCCCCGCCCCUCCCGCUGCAGCCCCACAGCAUGCAGCCCCACAGCAUGCAGCCCCAGGAGAGCCACAUCCACUAUAGUAGGUGGGAGGACGGCAGCAGGGACGGAGUCAGCCUAGGGGCUGUGUCCAGCACAGAAGAGGCCUCACGCUGCCGCAGGAUCUCCCAGAGGCUGUGCACGGGCAAGCUGGGCAUCGCCAUGAAGGUGCUGGGCGGCGUGGCCCUCUUCUGGAUCAUCUUCAUCCUGGGCUACCUCACUGGCUACUAUGUGCACAAGUGCAAAUAAAUGCUGCCCCGCAUGCACGCUGGGGGCUGGCUGCACACGAGAGCACAGGCCUGGAGACACACCCCUUGUACACAUGGACCCCCCACAGACAUGGACCCUGCGGCACACACAGCGCACAGGGCACACACGCCGGCAGCCAGGCACACGAAGACACCAGGUGCACAGCUGUCAUAGACCCCACACGGGGGUGCACAAACACCUGGCACACAGCCCUUCAAAGGACCUACAGACAAACAGCUGGGCACACGUGGCUGGGAGGCCUGGGCCCAGCCUCAGCAGGAGCUGCAGGACACACCCAGGCUGGGCCCUGCGGCCUGGAGCCCCCAGCUACAGCCUCGUCUCUCCCAGGGCCCAGCCCCUUCCCUUGUGAAGGCCAGGAUGAGGGGUUCCUUCAGCGGACAAACUGAGCCCACCUCCCUGGCAGCCCCCCGGGGUGGGAUCCUCCCGGCUGCUUUUCUCCGUGGGAGCAGUGUGCAGAGCUGUGUGGCCCUGGGCAGGCCCGUCCUCUCUGGGCCUUUCUGACUCCUGGUUUUGUAAGGGUGGCUAUGUGGUGUCCCCCGCCCUUGUCUCAGAUGCACCAUAUCUUCCUUAGUAAGUGGGCACAGUUCUUCCUAGGCAGCCCACCACGCGCAGGGGCUGGGUGUGUCCUCUUGGGGCCGGCAGCUGCCAGGGAGGACCCGGGUCUACCCUCCCUCCCCCAGGGAUGGGCCUGGUCCUUCCAAGUACUCCUUGUGGGCCAAGAGCCUGUGUACAGAGGCAUUAAGUGUCUGUUGAAUGAACGGUGGAUGACAGCCCUUGCCAUAGUUACCUGGCCAGGCGUGACAUCCAGAAAGGCUGUGGGAAGGGCUUGUUUCCCCGGGGCAGGCACCCCUCCCAUGUGGCUCUAGGAAUGCAUCCCUACCAAUCGGGCCCUCUGGCGAGGACGCCCGGCAGGCCUGGGGACCCGGAUGUGGCUGGACCUCAGCUGUGUCCCAGGGACUCCGGUCCCAUUCCCCCCACCCCCAUCCUGGCCUCCAGUCCCAGCCUCCGGUCCCAACUUCCAUUCUCUUGGUAGAUGCUUUCCUGGGUCGUGUGUUUGGCCCUCACCUACCACAAAAGACCCCAAAAAGCCUUGCCAGAAACAUCCCCUUAGGAAAGGGGUCCUCACCCCAGGGCUGGGGGUGGGAGACAUGGGCAGCCACUAUCCUCACGGGCACAGAGAAGGGAGGCCACAGGGCCAGAUGAGGUUAUUGGAGGGCUGAGGCUGCGCCUGCCCCAGGCCAGGUCCUGCCAAAAGCAUCAAGUCAGGUAAACAGGAGGGGCUGCGCCAGUCUUGGUGGGGAGGCAGACUCCACAUCAUCCGCCUUUGGGGCGAGCAGGCUCACUUGAGAUCUGCCUGGGCCAGACGGUGGCAGGUGGAGAUGCAUGGCUGAUUGCACACUGCCCCAAGGCUCCUGGCUCCAAACCCGAGGAGGGAGCCCAAGGGCCUGUCCUGGGCUGGGCUCUGAAGCAAUGAUGCUUUCCUGGGAGCCUGUUGUUGGGUGGGCUGCUGCCUGCCCCAGCCCCAUGACAGCCUGGAUCUCGGCACAAGUCUUCAAAAAAGAGAUCCCUACCUCUGACCUGCCACUCCCAAAGAGGGAAAGGAGUAGCCAGCUGGUACCCUCCCUGAAGCCCAGCUUCACAGGACAGCACUGCCUUGGGGCUGCUGUAAGGAAGUGGCAGAGGCCGCUGGGCCCAGCAGUUUGGCUGCAUGGGCCCCAGAAGGCAGCACUCCGACCUGGGGGUCCCGGGGCUGGGCCUCCCCAAGAACUGGUGCGGCCCAGGAGACAGGCGAGGGCACAGGAUGGGGAUGGGAGCUGUCCCAGUUCUACAGUCAGAGGGGAAGUGGCCCUGGUGCUUCUGCCGCAGGUCCCGCAUGCCAGUGAUGCCCACGCACCCCCACAAAUGCUCCUUCCCACCUGUCGGGCUGGCAUCAGAUGGCACAGGCGCAUGUCGGGGUCUGCCCUGGAUCUGUCUGGCUGCAUCUGGGCCCGCCCUGGCAGGGGCCCAGCAUCUUCAGCCAGGGGCUCCACCAGCAGCCCUGCCAGCCCCAGCAGGGGAGGCUACAGGCAGACACCCACGGGUGCUCAUUGGGCCAGGCACUCAAGUAACCCAUAGCCGCCUCUCGGGCACACCACUUGUCCCCUAAGUGGCCAUGGUGGAGACAGCAGCUCCAGCCCCAGGACCCCCAGGGUCAUGGACCUAGGCUGAGCUGAGCAGUGUCCUUACAGCUCUGGGAGGGUUGGGGAGAGGAUGGGACAGGACCCUGCUGAGUGGCCGCCUGGCCUACCCUCCCAGAGACUUGUGAACAGGAGGAUCUGCUGUGGAUGCGUCUGGGGCCUGGGCUCCUCUGACUGUGCACCUGGGGUAUCCAGGCAGCCCCACACCUCUGGUCCACCUUGUGCUCCAGGCAGGGGCCCAGCAGGGUGAGGCCAGUUCCCAGGACCCCUGGUCAAGGGCACCAGCUUCCCCAUGACAGUGGCAGGUGCCUCUUGCUCCCUGCUGGCAAGAUCUGGGUGGGGACAGGAGGCCCUCAGCCUCCCCACAUAGAAGCCACCACUGGGCUAGAGUGAGCUUUGUGACACUUCGAGCAACAACCUCUGGCAGUGCCGGUGGGAAAGGAUCUGCUGGGCCAGGUGCGGAGCUGUUUUUAUUAGUGAGUCGGGGGUGGGGUGGGGUGAAGAAAACAUCAGAGACACCUGUGCUGCGAGUUAAAUACAUUUCCAGCAUCUCAUGCAUCACAAGCUGCAUCAGGAAAGGGCACAGCAUGUGGCAGCCUCAUCCACACCCACGCAGUGACAGAUGUGCUACAGCGUGGACACCAAGUCCCCGGGAGCCAAGAUGGCAGCUCCAGCAUCCCUCCCUUCCUCCCUUCCUCCUUCCCGGGCUGGGCCGGGCCACGCAGAGAAAGGGCAGCCUCUGCCAUGGCAGCCCCAAAUCACCUCUCAGAGCAACUGUCUGGGGUCCCCAGCCCCAGAACUCCAGCAGAGUCCUGGCCUGGGGAAGCCCCCGUGUCGCCUCAAGCCUCCAGCAGGGCAGGCCCCUGGCCAACUGUGGCAUCUGCCUUGACUGCCCAGAGCAGCAGGAAUCAGGUUUUGGGAGGACACAAGGCAAGGCAGUCAUCUGACACACCCACGGCCGUCCAGCUGGCACUGAGUGUGGGCCUCGUCCUGUCUGGAGUCCCCUCCCUCCCACAGUGGGCGAGACGGGAAGGCCUGGCAGUGACCAGACAAGUGGGUCCAGGUCUCAAGGCAGCCUGGCCCGUGUCCUGCAAGGCUCUGAAGAGCCACCCAGCUGUUAGUCUGCCCACUGCACAGGGCCCCGGGCCUCUCAGGUUGACAACUAAAGGUGUGUGGGCUGUGGGGCUCUUGCAGAUGCUUCCCAAAAUCGCCAGUCAUUUCUACAGACACAGAAAUCGAGACACUGAACAGAGAACAAAUGGUGUCAUUCGAUAAAGCUGAUGAGUCUGCUUCUCACAUGGCACCCAGAUCGUAAGGCAGUGGGGUCCGUGAAAUCAUCGCGGUGGCUGGCCGUGUCCUCAUGAGCCAAGCGCACUGACUCCCGGGAGUGGUGUGCACGCACGUGUGGUGCCUGGACAUACACGAAGACACACGGACGUGGGGGUCUGACCUGGACAUUCACAACGGAAACGUCUACAACAGAAGGCGCCCAGGACCCACCGAUCUGGCGCAUAAAUGAAGAUUUUUGGCUCAAAAACCUAAGCGUCCUCCAGCUUUUGCUACCAUCUGUCCGUCAGCUGGCUGAGGACUGCCGAUGCUUCCCAGGCAGAAGGGUCUGGUCCACUCCUGGGGCUCCACCUGCCUGUCACUGCGGCACCAGCGUGCACACGAUGGAAACCCCACCGAUGCCGCUCUCCUCCGCUUGGCCCCGCUGAGCCAGGGUGAGGUGCUGCCACUGCCUUCAGCCUACGGGCUGCUCGCCUGAAGGGGUCUCCACAUCUCCACCCCCACAAAGCAAUCCAACAGCACUACGAAGAGACGCAAUUCUGCCAAUUCUAAGGUCACAUUAAAACUUUUCCCCCAGAAAUUAUGAUCACUGCCAGCUGGAGAACCCAAUGCCCUUGCACAUGCCAAGCUGCAUCCUGGCAUGAUAUGGUUUUAUAAGAUGCUGCGUCAUAGAAAGUGACUGUGCCGUUCAAGGAAACGCACAUCGGUUGGCUUCCCAAGUUUUCGGGUCUCCGAACCAGUGACAGUCACGUGUCGCUCAGUGACACAUGAGAAACGUGUGCUUAGCCGCUGCUGUGUGAUCACAGAGAGUCCUUACACAAGCCUCGAUGGUGCAUGUAGUUUUAUUUAUGUGUUUUCAUCUGGAAAACCAAGUGUCCCAGCAGCAUGACUGAACAUCACUCACUUCCCCUACUUGAUCUACAAGGCCAACGCCGAGAGCCCAGACCAGGAUUCCAAACACACUGCACGAGAAUAUUGUGGAUCCGCUGUCAGGUAAGUGUCCGUCACUGACCCAGACACUGUUACGUGGCACAUGACUGUACAGUGCCACGUAACAGCACUGUACUUUUCUCCCAUAAACAGUUACCUGCCAUGUAUCUACAUGAUUCAGAACAUUUUGAACAGUUAAUUCUGACAUUUGAAUAAUCCCAUCAAAAACUGUAAAAUCACUUUGAUGUUGUAAUGACAACACAGCAUCACUUUACGACAGAAUCAUCUGGAAAAACAGAACAACGAAUACACACAUCUUAAAAAAUGCUGGGGUGGGCCAGGCACAGCUCACGCCUGUAAUCCCAGCACUUUGGGAGGCUGAGGCGGGUGGAUCACGUAAUCCCAGCACUUUGAGGGGCAGAGGUGGACAGAUCAUGAGGUCAAGAGAUCAAGACCAUCCUGGUCAAAAUGGUGAAACCCCGUCUCUACUAAAAAUACAAAAAUUAGCUGAGCGUAGUGGCACACACCUGUAGUCCCAACUACUUGGGAGGCUGAGGCAGGAGAAUCGCUUGAACCCAGGAGACAGAGCUUGCAGUGAGUCGAGAUCACGCCACUGCACUCCAGCCUGGUGACAGAGCGAGACUCCAUCUCAAAAAAAAAAAAAAAAAAAAAACAACAAAAAAACUGGGGUGAAAAUCUAA